AUGUACUUUACGCUCUACUUCCUCGUCACCCGCCUCCCUGACUCCCUUCGCUCAGUCAGGGACCACUUUCUCGCUCUAGACCCUACCGCUCUCACCGUCGACGACUUCGAGACACAGCUCCUCGCAGCGGAGAAGAACAUCCUUGCUGUGGGUGCGGCUCGUGGCACUCCUCGCACUCCCCUCUUUGAGGGGUGCUCCCCCUCCCCCCUUGCCCCCUCCUACGCCUCUGCUGCUGCUGCUGUCGACUUCCUUGGUGCUGAGGAGGUUGGGGCUGCUUCUGCUCCUAGUGGGAAGCGCCGCAGCACCAGGGGCAGAGGGGCUGGCGGGGAGGUGCAGGUGGCGGUGGAGGGGGCGGUGGUGGAGGCGGCGGGGGAGGUGGAGGAGGUGGGGGUGGUCGGGGUGGUGGCAGUGGUGGUGGAGGCGGCGGUGGUACCGGGAGCAGUGGCGGUGGCAGCGGCGGUAGUGGGGGAGGAGCCAGUGGUGGUGGCAGCAGUGGUGGCCAGGGCCAGCAGCAGCAGCAGCAGCAGCAGCAGCGACAGCGCCAGGCCCCCUCGUGCAGCUUCAUGA